UCCGAAGCACUUGCUCACUGUCUUGUCCACUAUGGAUUCCUCCAUCCUUUUCAUUGGUAUGCUGCUUGCCACAGUAGCUGGCCAGAAUAUAACAGUCACUACUACACCGAUUCAAGGAAGCACAGAAGCCUUUACAGAAUCCACCACUAACACAACUGUGCCUGCAGAAACCUCCACAGAUGUGCCUGCAGAAACCCCCACAUCUGUGCCUGCAGAAACCUCCACAGCUGUGCUUGCAGAAACCCCCACAGCUGUCCCUGCAGGAACUUCCAUAGCUGUGCCUGCAGAAACCUCCACAGCUGUCCCUGCAGAAACCUCCACAGCUGUCCCUGCAGGAACUUCCACAGCUGUCCCUGCAGGAACUUCCACAGCUGUGCCUGUAGAAACCUCCACAGCUGUCCCUGCAGGAACUUCCACAGCUGUCCCUGCAGGAACUUCCACAGCUGUGCCUGCAGGAACUUCCACAGCUGUGCCUGCAGAAACCUCCACAGCUGUCCCUGCAGAAACCUCCACAGCUGUCCCUGCAGGAACUUCCAUAGCUGUGCCUGAAGAAACCCCCACAGCUGUCCCUGCAGGAACUUCCACAGCUGUGCUUACAGAAACCCCCACAGCUGUCCCUGCAGGAACCCCCACAGCUGUGCCUGCAGGAACCCCCACAGCUGUCUCUGCAGGAACCCCCACAGCUGUCCCUGCAGGAACCCCCACAGCUGUCCCUGCAGGAACCCCCACAGCUGUGCCUGCAGAAACCCCCACAGCUGUCCCUGCAGGAACCCCCACAGCUGUGCCUGCAGGAACCCCCACAGCUGUGCCUUCAGAAACUAUCACAGCUUUCACAGCAGAGCCCCCCAGCACUGCAAUGAAAGAAACUACAAAACCUCAGCCCAGUGAAUCCAAUCACCCUCCGUUCAAUACUACAGCUCCUCCGAAUCCAGUGACUUUCUCCACUGCAUCUUCGAACACUCGCAGUGCUACUACUCCUCCUUCCCAUAAAGAUGUUUUCACAGUAAUAAGCAACCUGGAGGUGGAGCUUCUUGCCCCAGAAGAUUCGACAGAAGAGGAACGUAAGCAUGCGCUGUAUGAAGCUGCCUGUCGGCUGAGAAAGUACUUAACAAGAAAAUAUGAUGACAUCUACUCUUUUGAGAUCACACACAUAGAAGAGGAGUACAGUUGCUUAGCCUCUCACUGAAAGUGAUUAAGUUGGUGGACCACUUCCAAUCAGAAUUGUUUUUUUUUAUUUUUUUUUAUUUUAACAGUGUCAAGU